AUGUCACCGCCUGUCCGUGUAGCCCUCUCUGCGCCGGACGAUCAAAUGCUGACUUUCAUUGCAGACUGGAUCGACUAUGGGUUCUCAUACGUUCAGAGCGAUGUGUCCUGGCGCACUCCAAUCGGUCUGCAGCUGAUCUUCGCCAUCACCGUCACGUUCAUUGUCUGGGGCCUGCUAGAGUCUCCACGUUGGCUCUACAAGCGUGGAAGGAAAGAAGAGACAAUUGAGGUCCUUUGCGCCGUUCAUGACCUACCACCGGACGACGAAUACAUUGUCUCCGAGAUGGAAGCAAUUCGGGUGGCAGUCGAGCUCGAACAGGCCGAAGGCUCACAAAAGGUCAUGGCGGUCUUCAAGAACGAUAACUUGCAGACUGGAAGACGAGUCUUGCUUGCAUGGUUUGGUCUUUUCAUGAAUCAGAUGCCUGGGAUCAACUUGGUCGUCUACUACAUGCCAACAGUCCUCGUUUCCAACGUCGACGUCGAACCAAAUACGGCGCUUUUGAUUGCUGGAUUCGUGCAGCUCAUGUUCGUUGUAGGCAACACUCUUCCCGCAUUAGCCCUGGACCGCAUGGGACGCAAAUGGACAAUGAUUUGGGGUUGCGCUGCGCUAUGCAUUUGCAUGAUGAUGAUCGCAAUCCUGCUCUCCUUCGGUGGAGAGAGCACUUCUUCGGCAUCGAUUGCUUUCUUCUUCUUGUACAUGCUGAUCUUUGAAGGGACAAUCAAUGUCGUGCCUUGGGUCUAUGGACCGGAGAUCUUGCCAUUGGAAGCAAGGACAAGAGGCACAUCCAUUUCUGUAUCCGCACAUUGGUUGUGGAAUUUCUUCAUCGUGAUGAUUUCGCCAGUCCUCAUUGACGGCAUUGGCUGGCAAACCUAUCUGAUCUUCAUGUGCUUGCUGGCCUCGUUCUGCCCGAUCAUCUACUUCUAUUACCCGGAAACGUCGAACCUUGGUCUUGAGGAGAUCGAUCAGAUCUUCCUGCCCGAGUCGAUGGGCGGGCUCAACGGCAACGCAAGGAUUCGCUUUACCCCCGAAAUGGCCGCCCUUAGACAUCACUCCGUUGUCGAGAAAGAUGGCGAGGGAGUGCAAGGCGCCAAGACCGUCGAAAAGGUCUAA